GUGUGUGUGUGUGUGUGUGAUCAGGUGGCAGCGGUGAGUACAGUAGUGAACCACGGUCCCCCAGUGAAGGCCUAUGUCUUCAGGAACUACACGCUGCCGGUCGGGGCUCUGUCUCAUUACCGCGGCGGCUGCCGGCACCGGCUCUGGGAGGCGAUCCGGGCGUCUUCGGCUGCUCCCGGAUACUUCCAGGAGUUCGCUCUGGGACACGACCUGCACCAGGACGGUGGGAUGCUGAUCAACAACCCCACGGCUCUUGCCAUCCACGAGUGCCAGUGUCUGUGGCCGGACGUCCCGCUGCAGUGUGUGGUGUCUCUGGGGACCGGUCGCUUCGAGAGCGCCGGCAGCAACAGCGUCUCCUUCACCAGCCUGAAGACCAAGCUCAGCAACGUCAUCAGCAGCGCCACCAACACCGAGGAAGUGCACACUAUGCUGGACGCUCUGCUCCCGCCGAACACGUACUUCCGCUUGAACCCGUUCCUGAGCGAGGACGUGUCUCUGGACGAGAGCCGGCACGAGAAGCUGUCUCAGAUGCAGAGCGAGGCGCAGGAGUAUCUGGAGAGGAACCAGGAGAAGCUGAGACGAGCCGUGAGCGAGCUGACCCGAGAGAAGACACUCGUGCAGACACUGAGGGAACGACUGAAGCUCACAGCGCUCCUGUACGGCCUAUAGGACACACACACACA